AUGAGCGUGGCGGUGCUCUGCCUGGAGGUGCUUUGCCUGAGGGUGCUGCACCUGGAGGAGCUGCGUGAGUGGUUUGCCCGGCGCUGGAGGCGUGCUGCUGGUGCUAGAGGUUCUUCGGCUGCAGAGGGUGCUGCUGCCGCGCGUCCCGGAGGUGCUCGUGCUGUGGGUGCUGGAGCUGCUGGGCCUGAGGGUUCUCCUGGAGCUGGUGCUGCUGAGGGUGUUGGCGCUGAGACUAUUGUUGGCGGUCCGACUGGCAGUGCUCCUGGUGCUGCUGGAGGUGCUGCUGGAGGUGCUGCUGGAGGUGCUGCUGGAGCGGGUACUCCUGCUGGGGGUACUGGUGCUAUCCCUGCUGUUUCUGGCGUCGCCACGCGGCCCCGACCGUACUUCGUUCCGCUCCUGCAGCAGGUUCUUGGUCUUACACCUUCUCCUGGUCCUCCUCCGCCUUCCUUCGAGGGUCCACAGCCUGUCCAGUCCCAGUCACAGCUACAGCCUGCCUCCCCUUUGCCUGCUCCUUCUCCCUACGCUGGUCCGACUGGAGGACUUACUGAGCGUCGUGAGCCUGCGUCUCGACCUGCGUCGCCUGUUCGUCCUGCACGCACUAGUGGUCGCAGUUCGCGUCAGCGUCCUCCUCCUGUCCCUGGCACGCACCGGAUGUCUCUGCGUCCGUCCACUGCUCCUCUGCGUGCCCCUUUGCCUUCUCCUCCUAAGUCCUCUCUUCCUGCUCUUGCCGACCCGGAGUCGGACUCUCUUCGUGCUGCCAGUCCCACUGUCACGCGUCUCCUUGCUACUGCUGUCACUGACCCGUCCUUCGAGUCUUCUGCUGCGUCUGCUCUUGUCACUGAGCUUGUCGACUUUGCUGCGCGCUGUCGUCUAGACUACGCUGCUAGUCUUGUCGCUGAGUCUAAGUCUGCCUGUCCUCCGUCCGUCGGGGGUGAGUGUGCCCUAGGCACGGACGUCCUUGAGGACAGGCAGGAGGAGUUCCAGUGUCUGGCCGCCGCUUCACCUCAUCUCGCGUCUGUUCUGCUCGCCCCUGAGGGAGACCCGGAUGCACUAGACAUCCCGACUCCGCGCUCUUACGCGGAGGCGAUAGAGGGUCCCUACUCCUCUCAGUGGCAGGCAGCUAUGGAUGCAGAGAUGGCUUCCUGGAAGUCCACAGGCACCUACGUUGAUGCUGUUCCCCCUCCUGGGGCGAACAUCGUCAGUGGCAUGUGGAUUUUCAGGGUGAAGCGGCCGCCGGGUUCUCCGCCUGUCUUCAAGGCGCGUUACGUGGCUCGUGGCUUCAGUCAGCGGCAGGGAGUUGACUACUUUCAGACCUUCUCCCCCACCCCGAAGAUGACCACUCUUCGGGUGCUGCUGCACGUUGCUACUCACCGUGACUACGAGCUGCACUCUCUCGAAUUCAGCACUGCUUUCUUGCAGGGCAGCCUGCACGAGGAGAUCUGGCUGCGUCGCCCACCUGGCUUCACUGGGUCUUUCCCUCCUGGUACCCAGUGGAGUCUCCGGCGUCCAGUCUACGGUCUCCGCCAGGCGCCACGUGAGUGGCACGACACACUGAGGACUACACUUGCGGCACUUGGGUUUGCUCCUUCUACUGCCGACCCGUCGCUGUUUCUGCGCACCGACACCUCUCUGCCGCAGUUCUACAUCCUCGUGUACGUCGACGACUUGGUCUUCGCCACAGCUGACACUGCUGGACUCGCCUACGUGAAGUCUGAGCUGCAGAAGAGACACACGUGCACAGACGUGGGUGAACUGCGCAGCUACCUUGGCUUGCAGAUCACCCGGGACAGAGCACGCCGCACCGUUACCCUGACUCAGUCACACAUGGUGCAGCAGGUCCUUCAGCGCUUCGGCUUCACGUACUCCUCGCCUCAGGCCACUCCUCUGCCUACUCGCCACUCGCUCUCAGCUCUGCCUUCGGAUGAGUCCGUAGAGUCGAGUGGCCCGUAUGCAGAGCUUGUUGGCUGCCUCAUGUACUUGAUGACUUGCACUCGACCUGACCUUGCAUACCCUCUUAGCAUUCUCGCACGCUAUGUUGCUCCUGGGAGACACCGACCAGAGCACAUGGUUGCAGCGAAGAGGGUGUUGCGCUACUUGUGCAGUACGUCAGGCAUGGGACUAGUGCUUGGAGGGCGCAGUCCAGUGGUCCUCACUGGGCAUGCGGACGCUUCUUGGGCUGACGACCAGGCUACGCAUCGGUCGUCACAGGGUUACACCUUCGGCCUUGGUUCCGGCUCUGUUUCGUGGCGGGCUACUCGCUCGUCUUCUGUUCUCGGCUCCAGUUGUGAGGCUGAGAUCUACGCCGGGGCUAUGGCUGCUCAGGAGCUUCGCUGGCUCACCUACCUCCUGACCGACCUUGGAGAGCCGCCUCGUUCUCCUCCAGUCCUGUAUGUAGACAACAAGGCCAUGCUGGCCUUGUGUCGAGAGCAGCGACUGGAGCACAGGACAAAGCACAUUGCUCUCCGCUACUUUCUUGCUCGGGAGCUACAGCAGCGUGGACAGUUGCGACUUGCGUACGUGGCCUCUGAGGCCAACACUGCUGAUGUCUUCACCAAGGCACUUGCGCCUUGUGAUCAUCAGCGUUGUUGCACGCAGCUGGGUCUUGUGCCUGUCUUGCCUCACUUACUCACUUCUUGA